AUUUCCUUAAAAAAGACAACCCCGAGAACUAUAUAUAGUUUUAUGAGAUACGUGCAAUUUUCAAGGGCAGGGAAUGCUACAUAAUGCCCUCAUUUUCUCCAGAGAAUGGGGAAACGUACACGCGGCUGAUGCUGUGUUACCUUGCAUUCAGACCCAAUGAAGCAUGGCACUGGAUUAAUGUUAAGUUUGACUUCUUUGGGAAUGGGGGUUUCCUUUCCCUUUAGCAGGAGUUGCCAUGUUUGUCCUGGGGUGCUCUUUUUAUCCAUGCAUAUGGAACUGGUGGUCGUAUAUUCGGCCUGUGGACUGAUUGUUAUUAUUUUUUGGGGGAUUGGUACUGUGGUCUCCUUUCUGAGCUUGUUGUGAUUUAUUUAUUCUUCGUCGUGGAGGAUGGCUGUGGUGAGUGGUUACUGUGCUUUUGUAAGUUUUAUGUAGAGUGAUAUGAUAAUAGUACUGUGCCUAGGGAAUUGAAAGGGUGUUUUUGUGCUGUUCGCUUGGUUAUGAAUGAUUUCGGACUUAUAGUGCUGGAUGGUGGGUUACUGUCAUGUGGUUCUGAGAUGUUGAAGGGUGUGGUCUAGAAGCUUUGGCUUGAUGGUCGGUAUGUCAUUGUUGGUGGAGUCUUAUACAUUGAAGUUAGGCUGCU